AAUAUAAAAUUAAAAUAAUUUUUUUAAAUACACAUUUUUAAAAACCACUUGCAGGCUCUCACACACUGCGUAUCCAAGAUUCACACGCAGGCAGCCUGGCUCUAGACAUGGGGCUCCGGUGCCUCCGGUGUAUCCGCCCGUGACUUCCCUGCUCCCAACCUCAGUUUACUCCACUGUAAAAUGGGCUUCCAGAUACUCACCUCUUGAGUUUGCUGCAAGGGUAAAUGGCAUCAGGCUUGGACCUGGGAGAAGGAAGUGCUUUUAAAAUGGGCACCUUUGUUACCUCAGUCCUUGCGGGGAAAAGAUGUGCCAAUGCCCCGGGCCUCUGCGAUGUAAGUUCCUGUUGAGUUGUUCAAUGUUCCACUGAGAGGAGAGACAAGCAGGACCGGGAUCCCGGCCCCGGGUCUUCCAGAAACGGUGGGGCGAAGCGCCCAGGGGCCUGUGCGACCCUCCCUGCUGAGCGAGGGGGCCUGUCAUUGCCGUGGGAGUGACCCAGACCCCAACCACAGUGCGUCCCGCCCUGGCCCAGCCAGAGAAGGAAGCUGAGUCUGGGGUCUGCUGGGCCAGCAGGAAGUCCCAGCAGGGUGUGAAGCAAGACUUUCCAGGCCACUCCCGGAAUCCCCCAGGAGAUAAAGGCGGCCCCUCCACCGGGCGCUCCUAGCGGUCUCCCCGCCCCUGCCGCCUUGCCGCUAUGUCCCGCCGCUGCGCGCUGCUUGCCUGGGCUCUCCUCGGCCUCCUUCGACUCGGAGCGGCUCAGGAGACAGAAGACCCGGCCUGCUGCAGCCCCAUAGUGCCCCGGAACGAGUGGAGGGCCCUGGCAUCAGACUGCGCCCAGCGCCUGAGCCUGCCCUUACGCUAUGUGGUGGUGUCGCACACGGCGGGCAGCAGCUGCAACGCCCCAGCCUCGUGCCAGCAGCAGGCCCGGAAUGUGCAGCACUACCACAUGAAGACACAGGGCUGGUGCGACGUGGGCUACAACUUCCUGAUUGGAGAAGACGGGCUCGUAUACGAGGGCCGUGGCUGGAACUUCAUGGGUGCCCACUCAGGUCACUUAUGGAACCCCAUGUCCAUUGGCAUCAGCUUCAUGGGCAACUACAUGGAUCGGGUGCCCCCACCCCAGGCCAUCCGGGCAGCCCAGGGUCUAUUGGCCUGCGGCGUGGCUCAGGGAGCCCUGAGGUCCAACUAUGUGCUCAAAGGACACCGGGAUGUGCAGCGUACACUCUCUCCAGGCGACCAGCUCUACAACCUCAUCCAGAAUUGGCCACACUACCGCUCCCCCUGAGGCCCUGCUGAUCUGCACCCCAUUCCUCUCCUCCCAUGGCCGAAAACCCCACUGCCUCCUUCUCCAAUAAAGAUGCAGCUCAAAAUGUGUUCCUCAGCAGGUCCCACCACACACCUCCCCUCCUUCUCUCCCUCCCACAAGAUCAAAGCCCUCCCACGCCUUCCCCUCCCAGCACUCUCCUCACUGGUGCUUGGAACCCAGAGGCCCCGGCCCUGAACCAAGACCCCGGAGAUCCCAGCUCGAGAGCAACACCACAGCUCAGAACCCAGAGGUCUCAGGUCAGAGCCCAGGAAUCAGCACCAAGGCGGCCUGGAUGUCACCAACAGAGGGUCCUGGGGGUCCUCCUGGGCAGUGAACCACGCUGCAAGACACCCCCUUCCCACCACACAGCCAAAGGCAUCCUGCGAAGAAACUGUGCUUGGACUCCUUUGGGGACGGGCUGCUCACUACUCCUCCCAGGUCUGCCCUUGCACUGUUUAGAGAAUGUACAAGCUUCUCCUAGGCCUGAGUCCCAAUCUGCCUCUGAGGCACAGACACACAGGUCCCAAUUAUACCCCCCAAUUU